AUGGAAGUGGUAAAAAAGAGUGUCUGGGAUAUUCUGUUUCUUUCUGUGGGAAUAUGCUUCUUGUCUUCUGUGGUGCUUUACAUUUGCAUUAAGAAAGUCAUCAAUCCAGGGAAGAAAAGGCACGGGAAAGUGCUAGGGAAAUCAGGCUCCAAGCGAAAAAACAAGAAAACUGUGGAUGUAAUGAGUAGUAAUAACUCUACAGUAAGCAUUGAAAUAAGCACAGCAGAAAUGGAUUAA